UGGACGGAAUAUAUAUAUAUAUAUCCCAGAUCCCGUUGGAAACCAACUAGAGCUUUCUUUUCUCACUCAGGAAUUUAAUUUUUUACGCGUCGGACGCGUAAGUAAAGUAUCUUCCUAGAAAAAGGAAAACACAUAUACCCACUCUCUUUUAAAAAAGGGUGCUUUUUUUAUUUAGGAGAUUUUUAUUUCCUAAUUCUUUCUUUUAUAUCUUUUCUUUCAUUUCUUGCAUUAAAAAAUACAAAAUAACGUUCAUUUUUUGAGCUGGUAUUCUUUCUUUUAAAAUGAAACUUGCUCUCUGGUCUUUGGUUACUGCCGGACUUCUUUGUUUGGCUAAUGCCGUCUCUCCCGUUCAUGUGGACGGCCGUUAUUUCUGGAACCAAAAUGGUACACGUUUCUUUAUCAAGGGUAUCGCCUAUCAACGCGAUACAGACGGCAGUUCUAAAUAUAUUGACCCUCUUACCGAUAAAAGUGCUUGCCAACGUGAUGUCAAGUACUUGAAAGAACUCUCUGUUAACACCAUCCGUGUUUACAGUGUUAACUCUUCUGCAAACCAUGAUGAUUGCAUGAAGGUUUUUGAUGACAAUGGAAUUUAUGUUCUUUCCGAUUUGUCCAGCCCUGAUGUGUCUAUCAAUGCUGAAGAUCCCUCUUGGUCUGUUGAUUUGUUUAAGCACUAUACUGAUGUUGUUGACUCUUUGGCUCCUUACAACAAUGUCCUCGGCUUCAUUGCUGGUAAUGAGGUCGUGCAAAAUGCCAAUAACACUAAUGCUGCUGCUUUUGUUAAGGCUGCUGUCCGUGAUGUCAAGAAAUAUAUCGUCAACUCUGGUCAUCGCCAAAUCCCCGUUGGUUACUCCACUAACGAUGAGGAAAAGACUCGUGUCGCCAUGUCUCAUUACUUUGACUGCGGUGACAAAGAGGAUAUUGUUGAUUUCUAUGGUAUUAACAUUUACGAAUGGUGUGGUGACAGUAACUUCCAGGAAUCUGGUUAUUCUGAGAGAACUCAAGAAUUCAAGAACUAUACUGUUCCUGUCUUCUUCAGUGAAUUUGGUUGCAUUGAAGUUCGUCCCCGUAAGUUCACCGAGAUUAAGGCUAUGUUCAGUGAUGAGAUGACUGACGUUUGGUCUGGUGGUGUUGCUUAUGAAUACUUUCAAGCCGCCAACAAAUUUGGUGUUGUCAGCGUAAGUGGUGACUCCGUUAGCACUCUUACCGAUUUCUCUCACCUCUCUUCUAUGUAUGCCUCUGUUCAACCCUCUUCUACGCAAUCUUCUUCUAUGUCUCUCACAUCCUCUGGUCAAUCUUGCGCUGCUACCCAAAGUGCUUGGAAGGCCGCUACAGACUUACCUCCUACUCCUUCAGAGGAUGUUUGUGAGUGUAUGGACAAGAGCAGAGAGUGCGUCGUAGUUGACAGUGUUGACUCUGAUGACUACGGAGAUCUUUUUAGCUAUGUCUGCUCUAAGAUUAAUUGCGAUGCUAUCAAUGCAAACGGUACCUAUCCCGGUAAAUACGGUUCCUUCAGCUACUGCGAUGCUAAGCAAAAGCUGAACUAUGUUUUGAAUGCUUACCAUGAACAAAAGGGCGGCUGUGACUUCAGCGGUUCUGCCACCUCCACUUCUGCCGCUUCUGCCACCGGUGCUUGUUCCUCCUACCUUUCUGCUGCUGGUAGUUCUGGUACCAAUGUUAUUUCCGUCACUCCUGACCAAAAUGCUGUUUCCAAGGGUAACGGUACUGAUAACAUGUCUAGCACUUAUGGUGGUAGUAGUGGAAAGAACAGCAGCAACAGCAGCUCUGGUAAUGAAAAGAGUGCUGCCAGUUCUUCAUUCAAUACCAACGCCAUUGUUGCAUUGGUCUCUAUGAUUGCUGGUGGUAUUGCUGUUUUGUGCAUCUAAAACUUAAGUUAACCGUUGCUAAUGCGGGUCGCAUUCUCAUUUUGUUUGAUACAUUUUCUAUAAGUUUGUUAAAUCUAUUGCAAUGUACAUUUGUGUUAUAUGAUAUAUACUUAUCCAUUAUUUUAUUACAUCUUUAAUUCUCUUUGUUUUAUUUUUUAGAUAUCUACAAUAAAUAUUUUCAAUGACUG